UUCCAGAGGGCGCUACCUUUGUAACACAGGACGCGCGACAACGAACGGCCGUACCAAAACAUAAAAUCCAAACCAAAAGCAAAAUUCUAACAUGCCCAACAAGAAAAGUCCUCUUCAGGAGGUGCAACGAGAAGGCGACACGCUAAAAAGAGAUGUUGAUAAGUUUGUUGAUGAAUGUCAAAAGUUUAUAGAUGACACAACUGUUGCAAAUAGUGACAAAAAACUGAAGACUUUGCAAAAAAGAUGCCAAGAAUAUGACAACAAAAUCACUAGUUUAUCACAGAAGGCAAGCAAACUAGAUCGAGUGAAUGAGCCAUCUUCAACAAGCAAGUUUGAAGAAAAGAAACAACAAGAAAUAAAACGUCUAGAAACACUCAAGGUACAGCUUGAUAGAAUUUCGUCAAAACUAGAACCGGAUGAAAUAGAGGAAGAGUAUCUAAGGGAAAUGAGUCAAGAAUUAGAUGAUAAUUCACCAAAACAUGAAGGAAAACAGAAUAGAAAACAGAGUAAGUCUCUAGGUGAGGAUGUUGGAUCUGAUUUAUCAGAUGACGAUGAAAUUGAAAAUGAUCAGGAUGAGGAAGAAGAGGAUGAGGAGGAGGAUGAUGAUGAAGAGGGCGAAAGCGACACUCAAGAAACCAAAGAAUCUAAAGAGGAUGAAGCAGAACGCAAGGAAGACAGCAAAACUCCUACUACUAAACAAUCUGGUGAAGGUAGAUUCAGUCGAUUAUCGAUCUUCAGAAGGUCAUCAAAAAAGAAAGAAGUGCCACCUGCAGUUGAUGAGCAAGGUGGUGGUACAGAUAGUAAAAAGAAUAAAAAAGAAAAAGAAAAAACAGAAAAAGAGAAAAAAGAGCCUGAGAAGAAGAAAGAAAAACAAGAUAAGAAACUAAAAGAAGAGGGAAAAACUACCAAAAAGGCGAAAUCAUCUGGAAAAGAAAAGAAAAAUUCACCAAAACCAAAUGACUCAGUGGAAGUUGAUGAUGCAUCCAAGGAAGAAGAGAGUGUUGAAAAGGAAAAACCUGAGAAAGAAACCAAAACUGGUUGGCGUUUGUUUGGCAAACAAGACAGGAAAAUGAAGCAAGAAAAUACAGGGUCUACUUCAAAGAAAAAAGAGGAAAAGAAAAAUGGAAAGGGAAAAAAAGUAGAAGAGGAGAAAAGCAGUAAACGAAAAGCUACUGAUAUACAAGGGAAGAAAACGGAUGUGAAGAAAGGAAAAAUUGCGGAAGUGGAUGAGGACGAGGAUGAAUAUGAAGAUGAGGAAGAUGAAUAUGAGGAUGAAGAGGACUAUGACGAACUGGACGAGGAGGAAGUGACAGAAGAUGAGGAAGAAUAUGAAGAAGAAAGCAAUGGUCUGGGUCUGCAGCUGAUGGAUCUGUUUGAAGCUGUAUGUGAUUACAAUGCUGAGCAGGAUGGAGACCUGAGUUUCAAAGUUGGAGACAUCUUGACAAUUAUCAAUACAAGGGAGGAUGGGUGGUGGACUGCUGAAGAUGAAGAGGGCAACAAGGGCCUUGUUCCCAGUACAUACCUUAAGAUGAAGAAAGAACCAGAAGAUUAUAGGAACAUCCAGUCACCAGAAGACGCUCCUGAAACAGAACUAUCUCGCAGUGGAAAAGUGCUGUGGAAAGGUCUUAGAAAGGCAGUUAGGGAGACAAGCGCAACUGAUGUUCUAUCAGCUAUGGGUGCCAUCCCAUCUGGUUUCCGUCCCUCAACUACCGCCAAACUUCUUAAAGAAGAUCAGUACAGUCUACAAUAUUGUCUCACGCCUAAACUCAGCAAAUCUAACCUAUCCUUCAAAGACCUAUUUUGGGAUCCAGCUGCAAAUGAGAUUCGUGCGAGGAAUAUGAAAAUGCAGAAGGUUGUAGUACUGACUGGUGUAAGAAACAUUCCAAAAGUUGGCGUUGGAGUAGAAGUGAAGAGCAGACAUGUUAGACUGUGCUUAUUCAAUGGUGAAAAGGUACUCAGCAAUAUUCAUACAGUGCAAGCAACAUGGACUGAAGUUGAUGAUAAAUCUUGGAGGUUCUCUCCAAAGGUUACAGGAGUUCUACCAAGUAUUCUAGAUGGAGAUUGCUUCCUUAGAACAAAUAGUACUGAUGAAAAUUUAGGUUUACUGAUAGAGUUAUGCCUGUACUAUGUCAGAACAAAAACAGGUGAGAAAGGUGAAUUCAGCUGUGGGUGGGUCAACCUACCACUGUUUGACCCGACAACCGGAGCGCCUAUACUUAAUAAAAAUUAUGAACUUGAUGUUAAAGGCGGAACACCCUAUGAACAGGACGUAGAAGUUGAUCCUUCCAUUUCAAGAAAAGCCUCAACAAGUAAAUUUCGUUCCAUGUUGUCGGUCAACAAACAACCCAGACUGAGCCUCAAGCUACUAGGUCCAACUAAAGAACAGAAGACAUCUAUGGAGUAAGAUUUUAAAUUAUUUUGAAAUUUUAACAGUUAUAUUUGGUACAAAGUUGCAUUUUCAUGUAGGAAAUUACCACACAUAGAUUACAAUAGUCACGAGAGUGUCUACUGUAUGCAAAUCAGCCAGUAAUUUUAUUGAUAAGUUCUUUAUUU